ACGAAAAGCGAGAGAGGAGAGCGCGGCGGCGGGUGCGUGAGGAAAACAUUUUUCGGUCGUAUGCGUACAGUGCAUGCGACCGUGAGCUGCGGAUAGUGCGUUCAGUUAGUCCGCGCAACCGAAACCCAUUACUUUGGCUAAUGGACUUGGCCGAUUUUUUGUUGACGCGUGCGGAAUUGUGCGAAUGGAUUGUAAUCGCGUAAUUGGAAAAAGUUUGCGAAAAAUUUUAACCGUAUAACUGAUCAGGCUUAACCAACCAUGACUACGUCGCAGCAACAGUAUUGUCUCCGAUGGAACAACCACCGUUCGAAUUUGUUGACCGUUUUCGAUGAACUGCUUCAAAGCGAAUCGUUCACGGACGUUACUCUAGCGUGCGAAGGUGGCAGCCCUAUAAAAUGUCAUAGGAUGGUCCUCGCGGCUUGCUCACCGUAUUUUCAAAAUAUUUUUACCGAUCUGCCCUGUCACCAUCCCGUCGUGGUGUUGAAAGAUGUCAAGUAUAGCGAAAUCAAGGCUAUUUUGGAGUACAUGUACCGAGGAGAAGUAAACGUCGCUCAAGAUCAGUUGGCAGCGCUGUUGAAAGUAGCAGAGGCAUUAAAAGUCAAGGGAUUGGUGGAAGAGAAUAGGUCCUGCAAAAGUCCGCCCCCCAGGGAAGAACCCGUGUUAGACAACUCCCCGUCGAUCUCCACUUCAACACCAACCAUCCAGAAUCCCGUCCACAGCAGCAGCAACUCACCGCCACACUCCACCCCAAAUAUUCUGUAUAAAAACCCUUACCACCUGUACGAAAGGAAACCUCCUGAGCAUAACCCCAGAAUGCCGAACCUGCCGAUGUGGGCGGUACCCGGAUUACCUCUUCCUCCCCACACGGCGUCGGUACCCAGUCAAAGCCACCCCCACGCGGCGGCUACGGCUGCCGCCGCAAUGCUAAGCAGCGCUUACGAGGGUGUCAGCUCUGAUAUGUCGCCUCUGAAGAGGAAAAAGCUGAGCAGUUUGUUGAUGCAGAGGGACACGCCUAUUUUGCGGACCGUAUUAGGUCAAGGUCAAGCAGAUUCUUCGCAGCCCGUUAGUUUGGUGUGUCAAAGCGACAGCGGGGAUCAACAUUCGGGAGGCGAAGACAUGAUGACCAAGUAUUUAAAAAACGAACCAUCGGAAGACGCUCAAUCGCCUUAUACCGACUUCACGGAACGCAUGAACGACGAAGAGGAUAAAUCGAAACUAGCGAUACCAUCCUCGUCGCCUCAAUCAUUUUCCCACGAUAUGAGAACCUGCGUUGCGUCAGGCAUAGCGACGUACGUCCCAGCCCAAAGGCAAGAGUACAAGAGGUACAAACAAUACACGCGGGACGAGAUAAUGGCUGCCAUAGACGCGGUACGUAAUGGCAUGUCAGCAUUGCAAGCAGCUAGAAAAUACAAGGUGCCCUCGAGGACACUUUAUGACAAAGUGAAAAAAUUGGGCAUCACCACAAGCAGACCGUUCAAACGGGGAAGCAACGGUAGUUCCAACUGUUUUCCGUACGGCCAUGGAUCCCCUUACGGCGGACAUAUGUCGGAAGGGGAAGAGAACAUAAAUAACAACAGUGCCCUUCUCGAAGCCAGUACGUUUUUACAACACGCAUUAGAUAGCGGGGGAGGUGACGGACGCGAAGCCUUGGCGGCGAUGGCUGCCGUAGCGGCUGCCCACGCCGCCAGUUCGGGACAUUCGACGAGUCCCAACAACCACGGCCAAGCUCGCAGUCCGAGUCCAAGCCCGACUAUGUUGAAGUACAUGAGACAUAGUAGCCUGACUCCAUCGCCAGCACCCGGCAGUGAUCAUCACCACAGCGAUCAAACAAACGGGAGUUCAGAGCGAGACAGGGAUGACGAAGAAGAUCACGUGGAAGAUUUGUCCAUCAACCGGAAACACGAGAUGAUCGAAACGCGGGUUAUAAUGCCGCCCAUGAAUGUAUCUGCCAUAAUCAAAAAGGAAGAGAUGCUUAUUGACUCUAUAAAAGAGGAAGUGCGGAUGGAGAUGCGCUUGGAAAGUGAAGCCGACUGAAUUAUCUGAUUUAAGGUUUGAGCUUACCAUAAUGCUACUCGACCGGUGUUAAGUUUCAUGCAUAUAUAUUUUAUUAAAUCCGUAACUGCAAGACAAAAAAAGCAAUGGUGCAAUAUCGAAUGUCUGUGGUUGACCACCCGUACUCACAACCUAGUUAAGGAUUAACGUUUGUUUCUGUUUAGACUUAAGCUUAGGUUUAACUGAACUAAGAGUGCCUGUUCAAGUAGUAUAACACAGUUUAGUUUAAUUCGCACGGUAUGAGGACCAACGCUCACCGAUUUUGCUACAAUAGUUCCUCUUAAAGGAAUUGUAACUCAUAAGACUGAUAGAUUUUAUUAUACGAUUUUUUUAUGAGACUGAUGAAUUGUAAAGAGAGAGAGCAAAGGGAAAAUGUGGUCCUUUAUACUUCGCGAAGCCGUAGGUUAUAGGUGGACGACGAACGUUAUAAGCCGGUGUUUUGUUGAUCUUUAAAAGAUGUAAAUAUAUUUUAUUUUCUGCCGACUACGAAGAUAGUCGCAACUUUAAGAGUGUAUCUUAGUUUAUAAACUAUUCGCGGAAAUAACAUAAAGGAAUGCUUUAAGCUUGGAUUUUAAAAGGCGCCGAAUUAAUUCAGCGAAAUUGAUUUAUAAAUUCUGGAGCCAUAUAUCAGGUAACACAACAAAGUGGGAACACUAUGUAAUUUUUAAACAGUUUCAGAUAUUGAAUAUAAAAUUUAAAUAAUGGUAAAUUUUACUUUUUAAAAACAUUUUAGUCCAUUAUAUAAAAAUAAAUGAUGACUAAUUACAUUCAAAAAUUUCCAUCACUUCGUUUCACGUUCACUGUACAAGGUAGUUUACGAGUUAUAGAGUGUUCCCAAUUUCUUGCGUCUCCUAAUACACAGAAUGAUUCACGUCUAGUGUACUAUUAACAGUUCCAGGGAAUUAAAAAAACUUUUUAAACUUCCUACACAAAAUGUAACACCUAACAAAAACUCCUAAAAUAAAACCCUUCGGAACCUUUAUAGGAUAUACUUCACUGGAAUUUAAAAUGGGUAGCAGAUGGGUGUAGGGAAAAGUAUGGAAAUAUUGUAGGUGGGUGGUUAAUGGUCCAUUUUAAGGCAAAUAAGAAAUCUCGUAGAUAUAAAUAAAAUACUUUAACCAUUAAAAUAUAAGGCUCCUAGAAUAUACAUUUUGACCUAUUACUGCAUAAAUUAAUAAAUUUCGACAGUUCCCUUUUUUGGUUCUUGUUAAUAAGACCACGUGAAUCGUCUGAUUUUUUUCUAAAAUAUCGACUCAAUACUAGCCUUAUAAAAAAUAUUUUGAAAUAUUUUCCCCCAAAAUAUUUAAUUUUCUAAAAUUCCAAUGUGGAGUUGUAAACUCAAGAGAAAAGAAACAACUUAGUCCUCUACACCAAUUGGUUGUUUUUCACCAGGAUUUAAUUUUUCUUUGUCGAUUAUGAAAUGGAUCCAUAACCGUUGCAAUAUAUUUCAAUUUUUUUGAACAGAAGCGUUGCACUCGAUGUCCUGCGGAUUUAGAUUUUUAUUGUUCACUUAACACAACGAUUUUUAAAUUUUAUGAGCUCUACGCGAACAUAUCUCCAAUAUUCCAGACAGCGAGACGUGUUAGGAGUUAAGUCGCUAAGUCUGUACUAACCGGGCAUCCUUUUGUAUUCGGAGGAUAAACACAUUCUUUUUUAUUACUUACUUACUUAAUCAUAAACAUCCCAUUGAAAUAUUUUGUGCCUUCCCGUAUAUGUCAGCAGAGAAUUUGUGCACCAUUUCUUAAAUAAAAAUGUGCAUAUAUGAAUCUGAGUUACAAACGACAUCAACGAUAAGUGCCUGAGCUCGAGUAACCAAUAAUAUGAAAGUUAUAGCCAUCAUCGGAAAUGGUUUUGGGUUGCCUAGAAUUGUUUAUUUUUAAGGUUAAGAGUUUAAGGCUUGUUAAAAUAUCCUACCACAAUAUAAGGAGUUCUGAAUGCAGUAAAAGGCAAGCAAGAAAGCGUUUUGAACUUUAAAAAUAAAAAACUUUGGUAAGCUGCCUCCCAAAAAUUUGCUGUUUGUGUGCUGUAAAACAUAUACUGACAGUGUACGUGUGUUGCGUUUUGCACCAUUUUGAGAAAAGCACUCGAAUUACAAAACAAAACCGUUAUGUUUAUUUAAAAGCUAUUAAUAUUUUUUAAUGUCGCCUUUCAAAAUUGCGUACUUGUUUAAAAUUUUAUUCUUUUCCUUUGUGUUGUAUAAUAUAUAUUCAAGACUGAAUUAAGUUCCAUUUUAUUGUUGUUAAAUACAUUAAAAUAUUUUAGCUGGAAUCGUGGACCAAUUUUUAAAAAAUAUAUCGGUGCCUUCGUAUUAUAAUGACAAAAUUUUAACAUUCCAUAUCUAAUGUUUAUUUAUAUAAAUUGAUAUAUCGCGUGCAACAAUUUUUCAAUUAAAUUGAUAAUUUUUCGUUACUGAAACUGUAAUGCAGUUGGAGCAAAGAAAACAUAGACAUUGCAGCACCUGAUAUGUCCAAUCCAAAUAUUCAAUGAUAAUGAUAUGUUUUUAUUUUUCACUAUUUCUAGAACAUUAAAUAGUAUGAAGCCAUUUCAAUUACCCACGUACGUUUAAUUUUUGCCAUUUGUGUUUAAGACUGAUGAAUAUUAUUUGUUACAUUGUUGUCGAGUAUUUUAGAAUUUGUUAUAAUUUUAAUGUUGUAUUAAGAUCUCUCCGUUAGCUAAACUAUGAAACUAAUAUAGGUACCAUUUUAUGGGAUUUCUUUUGUUCCGAUCAAAUAAUAUCCCGUUUUUAUCUACCUCAUUAUAUUUUCAUUAGAAUAUUAUGACGCAAAUUUUCUUGAAUCCCAAAAAAAAAUUACGCUAUGUUGACGAAAAUAUAGAUAUUAUAUUAUAACUAAUAUUUAUUUUUGCAGAAAUAAAUUGACCCGACAUUUUUUCUAUACAUAAUAUUCUAAAACUUCUCUAUGUAUAUGUUUACCGUUAAGACAUAGUUUAUAUAUUAUAAUUAAGCACUAUGCACAAGUAUGUAAAGCAUUAUUAGUGGAAAUAU